GUUAAAUAAUGGAAGUACACAAGAUUUUCUGAAUUGAAAUAAGUUGCUCGGACAAAAACAGCAUGAUCAACAAGAAGAUACUUGAUGCUUUUCUACCACCAUGCCACUGGCAUGAAUCCAGAUUUUAAGGACAAACUGCAAAACAUGUACAUUUACGUACAGAUAUGUUCAGCCUCUGAGCUAUGAGCCUACUGCUGCAACUAUUUAAGGCCUUAAUCCAUAGCAGAACUAUUAACUGAAAAUGGCACCCUCAAAUUGGGCUUCACUUACUCUGUUGGUUUUAAUACUCACCUCAUCCCUUUCCCUUUACUCUGCUGCAAGACUGUUACAAGAGGAUACCGAUAGGUCAAAUGGUAAAGAUACAUUUACUGAAAAGAUAUUAGAAACAGGACAUGGUUUCAGAAAAGGCUUUGGCUACGGAAAUGGGGGAGGUGGAGGAGGAGGAGGAGGAAGUGGUUACUUGGGAAUGCACAUCUUCAACCCCGCCAUCCCUGGUUUUGGUGCACGUUUCCCAGGCUUUCAUGUUCCCAUUAUUUCUUUUGGUAGAGGAGGAGGUCAAGGUUGGGGCAAUGGUGGUUUGCCUAUAAAUGGUCAGGGUUGGGGUAGUGGUGGUUUUGGAGGAGGUGGAAGCGGUCAGGGUUGGGGUAGUGGUGGUUUUGGAGGAAGUGGAAGCGGUCAGGGUUGGGGUGGUGGUGGUGGUUUUGGAGGAAGUGGAAUCGGUGAAGGUUGGGGAAGUGGAGGUGGAGGGGCUGGUCAAGGUUGGGGUAGUGGUGGUUUUGGUGAAGGCGGUGGAAGCGGAGGCUGGGGUAGUGGUGGCUUCGGUGAAGGCAGUGGAAGCGGAGGCUGGGGUAGCGGGUCUGGAGGAGGAAGUGGAAGUGGUGAAGGUUGGGGUAGCGGUGGUUUUGGUGAAGGCAGUGGAAGUGGUCAAGGUUGGGGUAGUGGUGGCUAUGGAGAUGGUGAAGGUUGGGGGAGUGGUGAAGGUGGCUGGGGUGGUGGAGGUGGUGGAGGCGGUGGAGCUGGUGGUUAUGGGAGUGGUUAUGGAGGAGGCAGUGGUUGGGGCAGUGGAGGUGGCGGCAUGGGAGGGUAUCCUGGAUACGGAGGGGGUGAAGGAUGGGGCUGGGGAGGGGGCAGUGGUUGGAAACUUCUUGAUGGAGACCAUUACACACAAGCUGGGGAUGGCUUCUCUCUACAGCCUCCCUACUUUGACAAUUUGUUUGAUUCUGUUACACCUACAGAGGGGCCACCCAUGGGCUUCCAGCAUUCAAACAGAAGGAAUGAGGACAAUUUACAUGGUGAUUUAGCGCAGAACAGAGAUACAGUAGCUCAUGCUCCAUCAUCAGAAUAAAGCUUGCAGCUAAGGUGUUUCUUGCUGGUUCAAAUCUGGUGUAUAUGCUCUAGAAUUAGCAAUUAGCAGCAGAAAACAGCAUGCUCUGUUUUUAUGAUUUAUGAUUUAAAGCACUAAGCCUCCUAUGUUGAUACUUGAUACGGAGUUGAUGAAUAAAAUAAUUUGGUUAUGGUAAGGUAGCUUAAAAA